GAACCAGUGCAACCUGCAGGCGCGCUUGAACGCUGCUCGUGUUGACGCGCCCCACGCUGAUGCUCUUAUCUCUGCUAAGCUAAUAACUUAGCAUUAAAUUUAGCGUUGUUGUGUGUGUGAGAUCAAAUGCAGAACAUUUAACAGCAGGUGUGUGAAGCAGGUGAUGGAGUAAAAGUGAAAGAUGCGAGUUUUAUAAGCGCAGUUUAAUUCAGAAUGAGUCCUGAGCUGAGCUGAUUAGCUAAAGUGCUAACUAGCUUAGCUGAAGUUCAUCAGUGUGUUACAGUGAAAGCUGGUUGGGUUUUGCUUUGUUUUGCAGCUGAGAUGGAGAACUACAGGAAGGCGGGCGUGGUCGAGCAGCCGUGUCUCUGCCCGUUUAAUGACCUCCUCUGUGACGGCGCUCCCGUGGUCCGGGUUCGAGACGGCAGCAAAAUCCGCAACCUGAUGAGGUUCGCUCAGAGCCGGAUGGAGGGCCGGGCGGAGAAGCCGCCAGAGAGCGGCGGAGGCGGAGAGGAAGCGGAACCGAGCGCCGAAUCACAGCUGUGUCGUCAGAUCGUGUUCACGGGCGUCGGCCCGAGCGUCUCGAAGGCCAUCACGUGUGUGGAGAUCCUGAAGCGGCGCGUUGGGAGGCUGCACCAGGUCACGCGGCUGGUCUACAGCUCGCUGCAGGAGACGUGGGAGCCGCUGGAGCCGAGCGCCGGCCUCGACAGCAUCACCGUGACCCGGAACAUCCCCGCCAUCUGGGUGCUGCUCUCCAGAGACCCGCUGGACUCGAACACGGCCGGAUACCAGGCGCCCGGGAGCUUCGACGCGCUGUGGGUGCAGGCCGCCGCUAAAGAGGAGCGAGAGAAUCAGAGGAGGAAGAGCGGAGGAAGAGGAGGAGGAAGUGGAAGAGGAAAAGGACCACGCAGACAGACGACGCGUCCCAGAGUCGAACGGAAAACUUCAGGACAAGCGUCAGGAGCGCACUGAGGCUACCAACACCAGGCUUUACCAAAAAUAGGCGGAGCUUAAGUUGACCAUGACCGGCCAAUCAGGAAGGAGAUUUUACAUCAUCACAGUAAUAGCUGAUUAUUUCGCUUGUUAGUGAAUUCGGCUAUCAGAAAGCUCAUGCUGGAGAAGUAACGUCUCUGAGCUGUUACACAGAAUCGAAUGAUCAUGAGCCUCACACUGAGCUGAAGAAAUGCAAAUAAAAUGAACGCGUGGUGAUGUCAUGAUCAGGGUUAACUUCAUUUAAGCUCCGCCCCCAUCAUGCAGAAACAUCAGCAUAUUUAAAUCAGGACAUUAGAGAGGUUUUGGCCAAACUGGGUAUAAACUAAUAAUUUUUCUUUUUAAAGAGUUUUUUUUUGUUGUUUUUUUUAAUUAUUAUUUCAGAAUUAAGUGAAGUUUUUCUUUAUUUCUUUGUGUUUUAGUUUUCAGGGAGUUUAAUUGACAUGAUAAACUUCGUCAUACUUCUUUUUCCAAAGAAUAACGAAAUAAAAUUUGAGAGUUUUAAAGUCUGUAAAGACAGAAAACAAUGAAAAAUGCUAACAGAGAAUAAUUAUAAUUAAAGUAUUUCUCUUCCUUAAAAGUUUCUUGUUUAUUAGUUUCUUGUUUAUUUUCAUCUUUAUUUCAGCUAUUAAAGACUUAAAUAAAUGUAAAUGUAUAAAUAAAUUGCCUUGUGUGUAAAAUAUUCCUAUUUUUAUCUGAAAUAAAAGAGACUUGGGUUUGAGGUUCA